CGAUCUGGUCUGGUGGCCUUUCAUUUUGCAGAAGCUUAAAAAGGGAGCCGAUUCGUUCGGCUGAAGAGCAGCGUAGGAAGGUUUUGCAGCCGCCGCAACACCCGUAGCCAUGCCGAAACACGAGUUCUUCGUAGACAUGACCUGUGAAGGGUGCUCCAAUGCCGUCACCCGUGUACUCAACAAGCUGGGAGGUGUUCAGUUUGAAAUUGAUUUACCCAACAAGAAAGUGAGCAUCGAUUCGGAGCACAAUGUCGACACCUUGUUGGGUACACUGAAGAAAACUGGGAAAGAUGCCUCCUAUCUGGGAGAGAAGUAACCAACUCGGAAGGCUUGUCUGGUGGGACUACUGUGCUACAGGAAAGCAAGGCUUAACAUGGCUUCAGUAAGAAGGCGGCUGUUUACACUUCUGUCAAUCCUCUUCCUUUGACCGCACUUGCCCUGCCAGAUGCUAGAGAAGAGCGAAAGGGGCCGGGAGGAAGAAGAUUGCUUUUUUUUUGGCAGGGAAAGGACUAAGAGAAAGCUUGACCACAGAUGUCCCAAAAUCGUGUCCUAAAAAUGUAGUGCUUUUGCAUUCUUUUUUUUGGCCUUGUAAUAAAGGAAGGAGCUGCAUCGAUUUUCAAGUGAA